AUGAUUACGAUUGGCCUGGGCACUGGCGGUAUCAAGGCCAACGUGACGCCGAUGUGUGCGGAACAAUACCAGAACUCACACCCAGUUGUUAAAACAUUGAAGUCGGGCGAAGAAGUGUUAGUUGAUCCUGAGCUCACAGUACAGAGACUCUUCAUGUGGUUUUACUGGGUUGUCAACAUCGGCGCAUUGUCGCCAUUGAUCACUGUCAACGUCGAAGCACACCAUUCGUUUUGGCUGGCGUACCUUAUUCCACUUAUUGCCAUCAUCAUUUCUGCCAGCAUUUUCAUCUCCGGGCAGAAGAAUUAUGUCAAAGUUCCUCCAGAGGGUUCUGCCAUAAUCGACGCUCUUCAGGUGACUCGCAUCGCUAUCAAGGAAAAGGGGUUUAGCAACGCGACCCCCUCGGCUUUGAGAGAGUCCGGACAUGAUGACAACUACGCAUUCUCAAGUGAGGCCAGAUAUACUGAUGGAUAUGUGAUGGAUGUUAUGCGAGGCCUGAAGAGCUGCAAGGUGAGCCAACAGAAGCCCAUCUUCCAUCUUUCGUUUGAGUCUGCACAGUAUUGCUUGCUGAUUGUGUAUCCCAUGUUCCGCAAAUACCGCAUCGACUUCGAUCCAGUCACCAGAAUCUUCGUAGGCUUUCUCUUCGCCUCCAUAUCUAUGGUUUACGCCAGCGUCUUGCAACAUUACAUUUACAACUCCCCGCCCAAAAGCAUCCACGUUUGGAUACAGGCUCCCGCUUACAUACUCGUGGCGUUCUCCGAGGCGUUCAUCAUCGUCACCGGGCUGGAGCUAGCUUUCACCCAGGCCCCAAAGAAGUAA